AGAUCGGAGUUGCUCUUUCGUGUUAAUUAACAGAAAUUGGGUAAAUCAAUUAUUCAUUUUGGCUGCCCUGUGAAACAAAAAGGACCCAUCCCAUCCCCCCAUACAUCUCCGAUCAGAUUUGAGGCAGACGGCAGAUACAAAAGUAUGCUGACGCAAUUCGGGGCUACGGCGGAGUCGCUGAGUAAGGCGUCGACGAUGGUGUUCCGUAUCGGCACAGACGCCCAUCUCUACGACGAUCCAGAUGACGUCAGCAUCUCCCCUCUUCUCGACAGCAAAUUCGACUCCGAAAAAUGCGAAGCCCUCAAGCGCCUCCUCGCCCUCAUCGCCCAGGGUUUCGAUGUCUCCACUUACUUCCCUCAGGUAGUUAAAAAUGUGGCAUCACACUCACUGGAAGUUAAGAAGCUUGUCUACUUGUACUUGCUGCAUUAUGCUGAAAAGCGCCCGAACGAAGCCUUGCUGUCGAUUAAUUACUUUCAGAAGGAUUUAGGUGAUCCGAACCCUUUGGUCAGGGCGCGGGCGCUUCGUACAAUGGCGGGAAUUCGCUUGCAUGUUAUUGCACCGCUUGUUUUGGUGGCUGUGGGAAAAUGUGCUCGGGACCCGUCUGUGUAUGUUAGAAAGUGCACUGCUACUGCGCUGCCCAAGUUGCAUGAUUUGCGCUUGGACGAACACACAUCUGCAAUUGAAGAGAUUAUUGGAAUGUUGUUGAAGGACAAUUCUCCUGGAGUAGUUGGUGCUGCUGCCGGUGCUUUUGCUUCAAUAUGUCCCAAUAAUUUUACUUUGAUUGGAAGAAAUUACAAAAGACUGUGCGAGACUCUUCCUGAUGUGGAAGAAUGGGGGCAGAUUGUCUUGAUUGGUAUUCUUCUACGGUAUGUAAUUGCAAAACAUGGGCUAGUUGGAGAAUCCCUGAUGUUGUUUUCUGAUGCUUUAGCGAAGCAUAGUUCAGAAAAGGAGGAUCCGGAGCCUCAUCUUUCUGUAAGAAAGCUCGCGGAUGAGACCAGCUUAGACAUAUGUACUGAGAUUGUAAAUAUAGUCUGUCGAAGUUAUCUUGAAGGACCAGAUAAAUACUUAUCUCAGUUAGGUCAUGUAAAUCGAGAUUCCCUUGGAUUGGAUGGUUCCUGCGUGACAUCGGUUAAAAGCAAUGAUGACGUGAAGAUCUUGUUGCAGUGUACAUUGCCAUUAUUAUGGAGUUAUAACAGUGCUGUAGUGCUGGCUGCUGCUGGGGUUCACUGGAUUAUGGCGCCGAAGGAGGAUAUUGUAAAGAUUGUUAAGCCUCUGCUCUUUCUCUUGAGGUCAUCUAGUUCCUCAAAAUAUGUGGUACUUUGCAACAUUCAGGUCUUUGCCAAAGCAGUGCCCUCUCUAUUUUGUCCAUAUUUUGAAGAUUUCUUCAUCAGCUCCUCAGAUUCAUAUCAAAUAAAAACGCUUAAGCUCGAGAUACUUUCCUCUAUAGCCACAUCCUCUUCAAUUUCUGCAGUUUUUCUGGAGUUUCAGGAUUAUAUAAGAGAUCCCGACAGGAGGUUUGCUGCCGAUACUGUGGCUGCAAUGGGUUUAUGUGCCCAAAGACUGCCUGAUGUCGCCAACACAUGUUUAGAAGGGCUAUUGUUUCUGGCUUUAACUGAUUCUUCAAAUCGGGACGUUGCAUCUUUGCGUGACGAAGAAAUUGUAUUGGUUCAAGUAAUUAAGUCUAUCAUGGCAAUCAUAAAGCAAGAUCCUCCUAUUCAUGAAAGAGUAAUUGUUCAUUUGGUGCGAAGAUUGGAUUCAAUGUCUGCACCAGCAGCUCGUGCAAUGGUGAUAUGGAUGAUGGGUGAGUACAGCAACAUCGGGGGUCUCAUUUCAAAGAUGAUUCCCACAAUAUUUCAGUAUCUUGCCCAGCGCUUUGCCAUGGAGGCGGUUGAAACAAAGCUGCAAAUUGUUAAUGCUUGCAUCAAGGUCCUGCUACGUGCCAAAGGGAAAGAUAUUUCUGAACUGCGAGUAACUGUUGGGUAUAUGCUCGAACUAGCCAAGUGUGACUUGAAUUAUGAUGUUCGUGACCGUGCUCGUGUCCUGAAGAAUUUUCUAUCACACUCUAUCGGACCACAGGAUUUGGAAGAAGUAAAGGACCAUACAGAAUUGAAAGACCUGACAUACGUACUUGCUGAAUACAUAUUCGGGAGACAAACAAAAGUGCCGUCCGAAUCAUUUAGUUAUCGGUUUUAUCUUCCCGGUUCUCUUUCGCAGAUUGUACUUCAUGCUGCUCCAGGAUACGAACCUCUCCCAGAACCUUGUAGCUUAGUUGAUGAUGAAACUAAGACUGGGGGAGUUAGUGUCAGUGAUAGUGAACCAAAUGAAAUCGGCGAUUCCGAUGCCAUGUCAGAAUCUCUAGGUGAAGAAAACACGUCUGAUUACAGUUCUCAGGGUUCCGAUUCUGGUUCUGCUGGUGGUGGUUAUGAUAGUGCAUCUGAUGGUGAUGUAGACGAAGAAGCUGGUGGUUCAUUGAUUCAUCUUUCAGAUAAUGCUCCUGCUUACAGAAAUCAUAUCGAAGGUUCAUUAGAGAAUAGUUCCUCUGGCUUGACGGAUUUUGGUGAAUUGAUGUCGAAAAGAGCUUUGGAGUCGUGGUUGGAUGAAAAUCCUGGUUCGAGCCAGAAUUCGUCUGAUCUUGGUCAUGUUCAGAGAUCAUUGGCCAGAAUCUCAAUUAAGGAAAUUGGUCAGCUGGUUAAACCCAAGUUAUAUACACUUCUCGAUCCUGCAAACGGGAAUGGGUUAAGUGUGGAUUAUAGAUUUUCAUCGGAGGUGUCAAACAUAUCUCCACGACUGGUAUGUUUACAGGUUUCCUUCAUGAACAAUUCCACAGAGCCUAUGUCAAAUAUUGUACUUACUGAAGAGGAAUUAAACCAAGGUCCCGAUUCUUCUGAAAAAUCAGUGUCAUCAAGUGAAAGUUUCUCGGCGUCUCAUGGAGAAGUGGCAACGUUAGCUCCCAUGGAAGAGAUUGGCAGCCUCAACCCUGAUCAGACAACAAACAGAAUCCUCCAUGUUCGGUUUGAACAUCAUCUGUUGCCUUUGAAGCUGGUUUUAUGGUGUAAUGGCAGAAAGCAAACAGUCAAGUUACGACCCGACAUAGGCUACUUUAUAAAGCCUCUUCCGAUGGAUAUCGAAGCAUUUGUUAAGAAGGAAUCUGAACUUCCUGGGAUGUUUGAGUACAUAAGAAGGUGUACUUUUAACGAUCACAUUAGCCAGCUGAUUGACAAAGAACAGUUGGUGACGAAAGACAAAUUCCUGGUGAUAUGUGAGAAACUCGCAUUAAAGAUGCUAAGCAAUGCAAAUUUAUUUCUCGUUUCUGUCGACAUGCCUGUUGCAGCUAAACCAAACGACGUGUCUGGUUUAUGCUUACGGUUAAGUGGAGAGAUGUUGAGUAACUCCAUUCCUUGUUUAAUCACACUUACCCUUAAAGGUUCUUGCUUUCAACCACUUGAGGUUUCGGUGAAGAUGAACUGCGAAGAAACUGUUUUUGGUUUAAAUCUUUUGAAUAGGAUUGUAAAUUUCUUGGCUGAGCCGACCCUGUAAUGAUUUUACAGUUUUCAGAAAAAAAAAAAAAAACCGAGCUUAUUGUGCUAAUUUGUUUGUUACAGUACAUUUUUCUUGAUGUUAGCUAAUCUCUCUUGCCUUGUGUAAUGUAAUAAA